ACUUUGUUGCUCAGCAACGAGAAAUCUUUGAAGAACAAGAAAGAACAAGCCUGGCCUUCUGUUUCUUCUUCCUUUGCUCACUGGAGAAACAAAGAUAGGCAGACACGGCAAAAAUGAUCAUCGUCAACUGAACGAAACAGCUUUCGAGAAAGAAGCAGCAACAAAAGUAUUGUAGAGAGAAUGGGCCUUGCAAACUCUAAGCAGUUUAAACAAGCCCAGAUUCUAAUGCUUGGGCUUGAUUCAGCAGGGAAAUCCACCCUCUUGUAUAAGCUCAAAUUUAACGAUGUCUUCCAAACUUUGCCAACCAUCGGUUUCAACGUGGAGAUGCUUGAAACAGGGAAAGAUAUUGCCUUAACCAUCUGGGAUGUUGGGGGCCAACACCAAAUGAGGACUGCUUGGAGCAACUAUUUGGAGAACGUGGAUUGCCUGGUCUAUGUUGUGGACAGCACAGACAACCAGCGGUUGGAAGAGUCAAAGAAAGAAUUGGAGCUUCUUUUGAGGAAUGACAGGAUUAAGAACGUGCCUGUGGUUGUGCUAGCAAACAAACAGGAUCUUCCUGGAGCUCUAAGUGCUGAGGAAAUAACCAGGAAGCUGAACAUGAAAAAGCACUGCCAUGACCGAAACUGGUACGUACAACCCUGUUGUGCAAUUACAGGUGAGGGUUUAUCAGAAGGGUUUCGGAAAGUGACGUCCUUUGCAAAGUCCUGCAUGAAAUCUAAGCAAGAAGCUUUUGCUCUUUUCAAGCAAGCUUAACAUACUCUAUUCUGAUGCAAGGGAGAACAGCCAUGCAAAGCUGACUGGGACAGAAAGUCAUUCAUUUAAUAGAGUAUCUGGUGCUGCUUUUCAGACAGAACAUAUUUAUCCUAAGCCAGUUUACUCUUUUCAGAGAUACUAUUUUGCUGCAUUUUAAUGAAUAAAUGCAAUUGUGGCGUCUUUAAUUCACAACUUCAUUGCUUAUGAAACUGCAUAAAACCGGACUGGAAUGUUCUUGAAAUUUUAAAUAUUUGGUACCCAUAAUGAGAGUGGUAUAACUGCCAAAGAAAACUAUGCAACAGUUGACUGGAGAAAGUUUGAAUGCAGUCCGAGUUCUCCAGAGAAUAUUCUCCACAAACUGUAAAUUCUAAUGUAAAAACCAGUUUUACAACCCACGUUUUAAAAAAAUCUAGUAAAUAACAAGUCAAGCUGUCAUAUUGCCAGUGUAAGUAAUGAAUAAUGAUUUUUUUAAAAAAUCCAAAAAUUCCUUCAGUAGCACCUUAAAGACCAACUAAGUUUUUAUUUUGGUAUGAGCUUUCGUGUGCAUGCGAAAGCUCAUACCAAAAUAAAAACUUAGUUGGUCUUUAAGGUGCUACUGAAGGAAUUUUUUAAUUUUGUUUCGACUCAGACCAACACGACUACCUACCUGUAAUUUAAAAAAUCCAGUUACAUUACUGGGCAUUGUGUCAUUCGCCAUUGGCAGUUCUGAAAUGUGAGCUACAGAAAACAUUUUAUUUAUUUUUUAGUUUUUAAAAAGCCAUUCAUUUAAUUUGAUGUACAUUUGAAUUCGUAUGUAUUUCAACUAUAUGUAAUAGCCUUUUUUCUAUUUUAGUGUGACCUUAUUCUUAGCAAUUCUAUACCCUUGGCCAUACAGUGUGAUUUUUUUAAUACAGAAAGUAGCUUAAAUGCUUUAUACACUUAAAGUACCUAGACCUAUACAAUUAUGUGUAACAGCAUGUGAGGUGGCCUUGAUUUAAACAGUUGAUGUUUCUAUAUUUUUAUUUAGUGCCAGUAACUUUUUUGCAGUGCCAUUAAAUGGUACAAGGUGCCAUUUUCCAGAGAUUGACAGAUGAUCAGUGUGGAACUGAAAGCUCUGUUACUAGUGGAGACAAAGAUGGUGACUUAUCCUCUUAAGUUGUUUGAGGAGUCAAUAUAAAUUUAUAAACAUUUUAGACUUGUUACUUAAUGCCUAUUUUUAAUAUAAAUUUCUUUCUUGUGACAAUUUAUCACUUAUAAUUUAAAUAUGUUGUGUGUUGCCUUACUUGUCUAAGCAGAUAGUGAUUUGCAUUUCUGAUGUUAUGUAACUUAUCGUUACUGAUUAUUUGUGUUUUAUUUUCUGGAAAUAAUAGCAUUUAUUUUAAACUUUAUAAUGAUUUUAUUAGUGUUGCACUGAAAAUACUGUACCAUGUAGAUAUGCUUAUUAAAGAACGUACUCAUGUAGCAGACCUGA